CUCCGUCCCGUUGCUUUUUCUCACGAUCCUUCACUAUAUUAAAUACGCAUAACCAAAGAGGCGUAAAAACAAUUAAUUCCUUUCCUUUUUUCAUUCCCAACCAUCAUGUCUUUGUUUACUAUUCGGCACAGCACUCGCUGUCUUCCCACUAUAAAUGUUGGGCGUCUAACCGUUCGAUCCAUUGUUACCACGCAACAACAACAUUCCUCUAAUAAAGAAGCUUAUUUAGAACAUCUGCAGAAUGGUAUUACUUUACUGAAAUUAAAUCGACCUGCCUCAAGAAAUGCAUUAUCCGUCAAUUUAGUGUCUGAAUUCAGACAAGCCUUGGCUGAUAUCCGUUUCUCUGGCGAUUCUCGCGUUUUAAUAAUACAGAGUGCUACACCUGGAGCCUUUUGUUCUGGAGCUGAUCUUAAAGAACGUGCAGGAAUGAGCCCGAUACAAGUCACUCAGUUCUUGUACAAUUUGCGGAAGGCAUACAGAGAAUUAGAGACUUUACCUAUUCCGACAAUUGCUGCUAUUGAUGGGCCUGCAUUCGGCGGAGGGUUAGAAAUGGCUCUAUGUUGUGAUAUUCGUGUGGCAGGCCCCUCCGCCAAAAUGGGAUUGACCGAAACCAAGCUAGCUAUUAUUCCAGGGGCUGGUGGUACUCAACGAUUACCACGACUUAUCGGUAUUCCGCGUGCUAAAGAGCUGGUUUACACAGGGGAAAUUUUGGACCCUAAAAAAGCAAAGGAAUACGGUGUUGUAGGUCAUCUUGAUGAAAGUAGUGCGCUUAAUAAAGCUAUGCAAAUAGCUGAAUCGAUUCUUCCCAAUGGACCUGUUGCUAUUCGAAUGGCCAAGCUUGCUAUCGAUCGAGGAUCACACUUGGAUAUGGAUUCUGGAUUGGAAAUUGAACAAUCCUACUAUGCCCAAAUAAUCCCAACUGAAGACAGAUUAGAGGGGCUGAGGGCAUUCAAGGAAAAGAGAAAGCCUGUCUAUAAAGGUUGCUAACAAAGUAUAUCUAUGCCUUUUCAACGUCCUUACGUAAUGAAAAUAAUGUCCAGAAUUAAAGCUACACUAAAGCCAUAAUCUUUCAUACAGUUGCAAGUAACGCUUACAUUGUCACUUUGUGCCUAUUAUAUAUCCGUUUUAAACCAUCUUGAUAUCAUUGUUUAAAGUCUAGAUCUUCAAUGUAGCUUUAUUUGUAUAAAGACAUUUAUUUAUUUUUUUUCUUUUUUUUUUUAAAAAAAAAGGUAUUGUACACUUUUGU